ACAAACUCCAGGCUGAGCUCAGGUGGAGAAGCGCCCAGAUCUACACAGUGGACGUGACUCUGGAUCCAGACACGGCUCAUCCCAGACUCAUCCUGUCUGAGGAUCAGAAACAUGUGAGAUUCGGAGACACAUGGCAGGAUCUGCCCGACAAUCCUGAGAGAUUUGAUCUUUGUCCCUGUGUCCUGGGCGUUGAGCGGUUCGCGGGCGGGAGGCGUUACUGGGAGGUGGAGGUGGGAGACAAGACUGAGUGGACUCUGGGGGUUUGUAGGGAAUCUGCGAACAGGAAGGGGAAGGUCACACUCACACCUGAGGAUGGAUACUGGAUCGUGUGGCUGAGGGAUGAGGGAUACAAGGCCGGCACCGCCCCCCCCAAUCCCCCUCCCCGUGAGCGUCAGGCCCAGCAGGUGGGGAUUUUCCUGGACUAUGAGGCGGGCGAGGUCUCGUUUUACAAUGUGACUGACAGGUCCCAUCUCUUCACUUUCACUAACACCUUCUCUGGGACGCUCCGCCCUUAUUUCAAUCCUCGUGUCAGUGAUAGGG